AUGUCAUCCACACCAAAAAAGCCAACACCCAACACUCCCAAGAAGACCACAGUAGCCGAUGAACAAGGUACAUCUUCUGAAAAUCAACAAAAAACACCAAUGAAGCACUCUCAAACUCAACAAUUAACUACUCCCAAGUCUGCUCUCAAAAAGACUCCUGCAAAGAGCAACUCGGAGGAAAAUAAUACUCAAGCUCGCACACCAAAAUCUGAAAAGAAGGCAAAGCAAAGAACCCCAAUCGGAACACCAAAAAACAUUCCUUUUGAUGAUUCAAGUGAUGACGAUUCUUCUGAUUCAUCUGCUGACGAACAUGAUGUUGCUGUAGAGGUUUCAAGCAAUAAUGCUUCAAUCACUCCAAAGAAGGCUUCUCCUGCAUCAGUGUCUGGCAAGAGAACACCAAUCUCAGAACCAAAGAACAUACCUUUUGGAGAUUCAAGUGAUUCAGAUGAUUCAGAUGAUUCCAGUGAAGAUGAUCCAAUCGCUGUAAGAGUUCAACAUACCGAGACACCAAGAAAGGCUACCAUUCAAGAAGCAGUGGCCCCAGCCAAAACAGAAGAACCAAAAACACCUUCCAAAGCUGCUGGUUCCAAUAACAUGAUUGCUUCCAAACCACAACAAACCCCUUCAAAGACUUCUCAUGUCGCAAAUCUUGUUCUUCCAACCACAACCGAAUCAAGCAGUGACGAAGAAGAAAAUGAACAAACCCAAGCUGCCAACAUUUCCACUCCAGCCAAGAAAAGUUCUUCAACACCUUCAAAACGUACUCCUGUCGGUACUCCAAAGCGUGUUCCAUAUGCUGAUUCGAGCGAUGAUGACGAAUCGUCCGAUUCUGAAGAUGAGAACCACGAAAACAAUGAAAGUACUAAGGUUGUGACAAAGAAGGCCUCUCCUGCAUCAGUAUCCGGAAAGAGAACACCAGUUUCUGAACAAAAGACUAUUCCAUUUGAGGAUUCAAGUGAUUCAGACUCUGACAAUGAAAUGCAUGACGAAGAUGAUGAACCAAUAGCUGUUAGAGUUGAACACGGAGAAACACCAAGAAAGGCUCUCACGGAAACACCAAAGAAGAGAAUUGAACCAACCCUUGUUCAAUCGGUAGAAAAAUCUGGCAAACGCACACCAAUAUCUGAACCAAAACGGGUACCUUUUGCCGACUCAAGCGACGACUCGGAAAGCGAUUCUGAAAGCGAGGAGGAAGAAGAUGUUAAGCCCGAGAAUAACAAUGCACCAACUACUCCAAAGAAGGCCUCUCCUGCAUCAGUAUCUGGCAAGAGAACACCAAUCUCAGAACCAAAGAAUAUACCAUUUGAGGAUUCGAGCGAUUCAGACUCUGACAAUGAAAUGCACGACGAGAAUGAUGAUCCAAUAGCUGUUAGAGUGACACAUACAGAUGAACCUAGAAAGGCUUUGAAAAGAAUUGAGCCAACUCACAUACCACCUGUGACUCUCUCAACUCCAUUUGAAAUGGAUGAAGAAGAAAAAGUAGAAGAUGAAGAAGAAACAAUGAAGGAGUUGACAGAAGAAGACAAUGAACAAAAUUCAAAGAAACGAUCCCUUAGCGAUGUGACGGAUGCAGUCGACACUGAACAAGAGUCUAAAAAGAAAAAGUAUCAACACUCCCAAAAGGUUUCGUUCACACCAAAGCUUAUGCUUAAUACCUUAAAGCAAACUUACCCAAAUAUUAAUUUUGCAGAUAUCUCUUGCAAGCCCUAUUACUUCCAUGUUUUCUUCGAUACCCAACGAGAACGAUCUGAAUUUGGUAACGCACUUGGACUUGGUGAUAAAAGCCUGUUCUAUCCCGCAAACGAAGAGAGAAAGAAAUCAAAGGAAAAGAGAAGAAAGGAGAAGAAGGAAAAACAAGCUAGCUCUGACAAUCAAGAAGCACAAGCAAGUACCUCGCAAGAGAACCCAAAAGCAGAAGCAAAGCCAAAGAAAAAUAACAAGAUCAAUAGGAAGAAACCAGCUUCAAGAGAGGUCGUAACAGGAAAUUGUCAGUUAGUUCUGACUGAGAAUGUUAUUACAAAAGAUCUCACGAUCAAGUGGAAGGGAAUGGAAAGAACAAAAUUUGUCAUUUCUCGAACGGUAACACGACAUGAUCCUGCGACCAACACGACUAAAACUGAAAUUGUCUAUGACAAGUAUGAUCAGGAAAAGACAUUUUUCAAGACUCAAUUAUCCCUUGCUAAUUUCAAUGGAGGCACUGCGAUGGCUGGUACUUAUUCCUUUCCUUUUCAAUUCCAGCUUCCCGAUAAUUUGCCAGGUAAUUUCAAUGACAAUCGCACAACUUUUGGAAAUAGUUAUCGUGGUGCUAUUGUGUAUAAGGUUAAAUCCAAUUUAGAUAACGUGUAUGCAAAGGAUAUUAAGGAUACUCGAUAUUUGGUCAUUGUUCCACGUUCAUGGACUAUUCCUCAACCCAUCAAAUGCCACAAUGAAAAGAGUUUUCUAUUUGGAGGCUCUGGAAAGCUCUACAUGGAUGUUGAAAUUUUGAAAAAUGUUUUUGUACCAGGUGAAGUCAUUCCUAUUCGAUGCAUUGUGGAUAAUCAAUCCAAAAAGGAUGUGGACCACCUGAAAAUUAAGUUGAUGAGAGAUGUGACCAUGCAUGCAAAAGGUCAAACUCACAACUACACAGAGGAAGUUAAUAGAAAUGUAUUUGAAGGUGUUCCAAAGAAGACAAAGCUCGAUAAGGUUUUUAAUUAUUCAUUGCCACAACAAAUUUAUCCAAGUACUCAGGGCUCACUUGUGUCUUGUAAAUAUCACUUGGAUGUUGAGUGUGAUGUGGCGAUGGCUUUUGACUUGGAGGUUCAUCCUCAAAUUGAGGUUAUUUUCAUGCCAGCCCCAGGUCAGCCAAUUUAUUAUUACAAUGAUAUGACUAAGGGUUGCUGGAAGUAA